GCCCGGCUCUCGGUGGUGCGGGAGCGGGUGGGAGCAGCGGCCGCUCUGGUCGGCGGACGUGCUGCCGAGCAGUCCCGGAAGCGAAGCAGCGAUGGCGGAGAGUCCGACUGAAGAGGCGGCGACGGCGACGGCGGGUGCCGGGGCGGCAGGCCCCGGAGCGAGCGGCGUCGCUGGUGUUGUUGGCGUUAGCGGCAGUGGCGGCGGGUUCGGGCCGCCUUUCCUGCCGGAUGUGUGGGCGGCGGCGGCGGCAGCGGGCGGGGCCGGGGGACCCGGGAGCGGCCUGGCUCCGCUGCCCGGGCUCCCGCCCUCGGCCGCUGCCCACGGAGCCGCGCUGCUUAGCCACUGGGACCCCACACUGAGCUCCGACUGGGACGGCGAGCGAACCGCGCCGCAGUGUCUACUCCGGAUCAAGCGGGAUAUCAUGUCCAUUUAUAAGGAGCCUCCUCCGGGAAUGUUCGUUGUACCUGAUACAGUUGACAUGACUAAGAUUCAUGCAUUGAUCACAGGCCCAUUUGACACUCCUUAUGAAGGGGGUUUCUUCCUGUUCGUGUUUCGGUGUCCGCCCGACUAUCCCAUCCACCCUCCUCGGGUCAAACUGAUGACAACGGGCAAUAACACAGUGAGGUUUAACCCCAACUUCUACCGCAAUGGGAAAGUCUGCUUGAGUAUUCUAGGUACAUGGACUGGCCCUGCCUGGAGCCCAGCCCAGAGCAUCUCUUCUGUGCUAAUCUCCAUCCAGUCCCUGAUGACUGAGAACCCCUAUCACAAUGAGCCUGGCUUUGAGCAGGAGAGACAUCCAGGAGACAGCAAAAAUUAUAAUGAAUGUAUUCGGCAUGAGACCAUCAGAGUGGCAGUCUGUGACAUGAUGGAAGGAAAGUGUCCCUGCCCUGAACCCUUACGAGGAGUGAUGGAGAAGUCCUUCCUGGAGUAUUAUGACUUCUAUGAGGUGGCCUGCAAAGAUCGCCUGCACCUUCAAGGCCAGACUAUGCAGGACCCUUUUGGAGAGAAGCGGGGCCACUUUGACUACCAGUCCCUCUUGAUGCGCCUGGGACUGAUUCGUCAGAAAGUACUGGAGAGGCUCCAUAAUGAGAACGCCGAAAUGGACUCUGACAGCAGCUCAUCUGGGACAGAGACAGACCUGCAUGGGAGCUUGAGGGUUUAGACCCUGCUCCCCUCUCCCUUCCCCCCACUCGAGAGUCCCAGCAAGUUCCUUCCCCCACCCCAGGGAUGGAGAGGCACUGUGUAUCUCCCUCCUACGUGACGUCAUCCUGCAAGAUGGCAAGAACCAAGCAAGCUUGGAUCCCAGGGUGUGGGAGUGGGGAGGCUGUUCCUGAUCUGACCUCCUAGGCUCUCGAGCAUCUGGGGCUAUGUUCAUCCCAUAUCAGGGGCCAAGGUACCUGUGCAGGAGCACCUAGGGCGAGGGCCUCUGGCAAAAACAAAACAACCAACACACCUCUCCACAGGGCCAGCUCCUUAGGGAUAGUUGGGAGACAGAAACUGCAGUCCAAGAGGGAGUAUGCCCAAAUGAUAUAUGGGGUAUCUGGAAGGGAGCUUGGGGUGGGGGGCUGUCUGUGACAUGCAGUCUGGGUGGGUGGUUGUCUGUCUGUCUGUCUUCAGUCUUGAAGCAGGGCUUCCCAAUGCCCUUUUCCUCCUUGCCUCUCUUCCCCCAUUAUUUCCCAUGGGCCAGCAUAAUUUUGUUUUUCCUAAUUUAUAGUCACUGUUCUAGACAGACCAAAGAGAAGGAACAGUGGUGGAAUCUAGGCUGCUGAUCAGUGAGUUUUACCUAGCACCUGAGCACCUUUCUCACCUUUCUCUCCUGUCGCCCUUCCCCUCCCCCAUUUCUACAUUUAAGACGGAAGGUAACUGUGAUGGGACUGAACCAAGGUCUUGGUAAAGCCUGCACAGGUACCACAGGAAACUAAAAAUACUGUUUGUUCCCGAAAUCAUUGCUUUGAAAAGUCCCCAACUCAGGCAGCUGCUGGGUGUAUGAUAGAGCCACUACGUAAAAUAAUCUCUUACAGAUUUUCAUCAAUACUAGUCACAAUGAGGGUGUUUCUCCUGGGUGGGGUGAGGAGGGAGACUGAUGCUAAUCCUAUUGUAUUUUGUUUGGCUGUCCUUGUGUACUCCCCGCCCCUUCCCAGCCUGUAGUUCCCCCUCCUCACUCCAAGGCCCAGGAACUAGUGGGGAGCAAGGGUAGCCAAUGGCAGAAGAGAUUGGGGUUAGAACUCUGGAUACUAUUUCCCUUCUCUCCCCCUGCCCUCCCUCCCAGCUGCUCUUUGUCACUGGCUCUGAUGGGUGUUUGCCUGGCUGUGUCGCUUAUCUGUAUUUAGCUGCAGUGAUCCUUUAGCUGGUUGGCUCAGAAAAAUGUGCUUUAGGUGCCCUGAUACUGGGCAUCAGGGAAUCCAUCCUUCCCAUUUUUGAUGUGUUCGCCCUGUGUUUUCCAGAUUCUUAUUGUUACAGCUCCCAUUGGGGUAUUGACUUGUGUGACACAGGGCCCAAAUCAGUAUCCAUCCACAUGUAAGGGAGAGGGUAACUUGUAUCUGCUCUGCCAGCUGCUAUGGAGGCCUCUGCCUUGUGAAUCAUGGGACUUCCCUGGAGGAGUUGGGAAGGGGGUUGGGCACAAAGAAUACCCUACUUGGGAGGGCAGGAAGCAAAGAAACUGGACAGGAAAUGGUCUGGGGAAUGGAAGUUUAUCUUGGAUAUCUAAAAGCUGCGUCUUUCACAAGAAGACUCAAAAAGGCAUCCUGCUUCCAAUUUCCCAAAACUAGUACAGGGCUUAGAAGAAUGCCUUGGUCUGUUGGUCCAGUGUUGUCUGUCAUCCAUUUAAGUGUUCCCACUUUCAAGUGACAAUCUUGGCCCCGCCAUGGGCAGAGCAUGUCUGGCAUACUGGCCUGACUUUUACUCCCUAGUCUUGAGUUGAGGAAAUAUAUGCACAGGAGUCAAAGAGAUGUCUUUAUAUCUGACUGUACAUAAAUGAAGUUUUUUUUUUCUUUUUGGUGCAAUAAAGUUUGUUUGGCAGAA